CAGGCACCGAUUUACCACUGACUUAGAGCUUUCACUUCAGCCUGAUUCAGGGUCUGAGAACACUGAGUCUUAGUGCUGUGUUUCUGAGAUUCUUUACCAUGUCCCCCAAGUUGCAGAGAAUUUUUCCAGGACUGUGCCUCCUUGGGAUCCUAUCUCUAUUGCAUUGCCCGCCUGUCCUGUGUGAUUGUGAAUCCCCUCCUGUCAUUGCCCAUGGACAAAGUAAAAUAGUCUCUAAAUUAUUUGCAUUUGAACACCAAGCUGUAUAUGAAUGUGAUGAAGGGUACAUCCUGGUUGGAGCGAAAGAACUCUCCUGCACGUCUUCAGGCUGGUCACCUGAGGUCCCUCAGUGUAAAGCACUGUGUCUGAAACCAGAGAUAGAAUAUGGAAGGUUAUCUGUGGAGAAGGUUAGAUAUGUUGAACCUGAAAGAAUUACUAUCCAGUGUGAGUCUGGCUAUAAUUUGGUUGGUUCUGAAAAUAUCACUUGCUCAGAGGACAGAACCUGGUACCCGGAGGUGCCCAAGUGUGAGUGGGAGUAUCCUGAAGGCUGUGAGCAAGUAGUCACAGGCAGGAAACUCUUGCAGUGCCUCUCAAGGCCAGAGGAGGUGAAAUUGGCCCUGGAAGUGUACAAGCUGUCCCUGGAGAUUGCACUCCUGGAGCUUCAGAUAGAGAAGCCAAAGGACACCUCUUAGUGGUAAUCACUGUAAUAUUUCUCAAGAGAGAGAGGAAAACGUUUCUUGCUGCCUUCAUUCCAAUAUGGAUCACCUCAGUUAAUCACUUUUACCAUCUCUUUUACACCACAAAUUGUGGUAAUAAUUAUCUAGAAAGGAUAAUUUUGUUAAUAUUUAGUGCUUUGAGAUUGUGGAGAUUUUGAUGACUUUCUGACUCAUGUUUUCGCUUUUCUGGACACAGAGUACACAUUUUUUAAUUAAAAAAUUAGCAUAUCCAA